CAAUUUUCUUCUAUUUCCAAUUAUUCACUUAUCAAUUAAAAAAAGUGCUUAUCCAUGCCACAACUUUUAGAUAUAACAUCAAUCCACUUUCCCACAUCGAUGGUGCCAAAUCACAACAACUCCUAUAUAUAACCAUAAACCAAACUCUUCCUCCCCUUCUUUCCAAUUCAUCACCCUCCUAAUUCAUUUUCACACCCUCUAACCUCCAAAAACCAUGCCAACAACACUAAGAACAAGUAGAAGAAACAACCUCAAACGCCUCAAUUACCUAUGUUUCUCAACUUUCAUACAACCUCAAUCUCCUCCUACAAAAUCUCUUCUCCAACAAAAACAACACCAAACUGAUCCUAACCGUCCAUCACUCUCCACAGAUACCUCCACCUCCACCGCCACGUCAUCAAUCAUGAUUAAAAACUUCAACACUCUCUACCACAACCACCACUACACCACCUCCCCCGAACCUAACUCCGAACCAGAACCUCAACCCGCCGACUUCGCCACCGCCUUCGCCUCCAACCGCUUCUUCUUCUCCUCCCCCGGCCGCUCCAACUCCAUCGUCGAAUCCACCUCCUCAUGCUCCUCCUCCUCCUCCUCUUCAUUAAUCACCACCGCUCCGUCCGACAAAAAGAAACCAAUUUUUACCGGAAGCGUCGCCGUGCCAACAUACUCGCCGGAUCCUUACCACGAUUUCCGACGGUCAAUGCAAGAGAUGGUUGAAGCGCGACCGGAGUUGAUGAACGACGUGAAAUCAAAUUGGGAUACAUUACACGAGCUUCUUCUCAGCUAUCUUGCGCUUAACCCCAAGAGCACACACAAAUUCAUUCUCGGUGCUUUCUCUGAUCUCAUCGUUACUCUCAUGUCAUUCUCUUCUUCAAAUUCUUCUUGUUCAUAUCCACCGCCGCCGUCGCAGAUUCCCAACAAUGGUCGUGGCCGUGGCGGUGGUUGUUAGUUAAUUGUAAAAUUUUCAAUUUAGAUAUAAUUUUUAAGUAAUAAGAAGAUGCAUGUGCAUGUGUAACUUGAUAAUGUAACGUGUGACAGAUAACCAAUGUCUCACUUAAUUUGAUUAAUUAUUAGUAGUACUUAUAAAUUCUUAACCAUAUAGUCAUAAAUUAAUGUGUUUAAUUAAACACAUGUUGAUAGAGUUUUAUGUAUCUUACUCAU